AUGAAGGCCACUCUCUCGUCCGUCCUCCUCCUAGGACUUUCCCUCGGGGUCAUGGCAGACUUCCAAAUCAUGUGCGGACCCUGCUGCGAUGCCGGCGGUGAUUUCAGCGACGGCUGCUACUCCGACGCCAUCAUCUCUGCCCAAAACAAACUGGGCUGCAGCAACCUCUCGAAUGCCAACGGCGUGGCCACCAACUCGUUGAUCAGCGGAGGCUUUGGAGGAGCGCUGGGUUGCCCGGAGGCUACAAGUUUCUUCCAGAUGGGCGGCCUUUGCGGCGUCGGGACUUUGAACUUUUAUCAGAACGGCGAUACGUACAUAGGAUACAUUGAUGGUGGUGAUGGGUCUCAGGUUGCUACGUGCUAUGGUACUUCGGGGACAAAGAGUUGUGACUACGGGGCGGCUUCUUGCGCCUGGCAGCAGACUUGGUACUGCGACUCUUACAUUUGCAAUGAGUAG